UUUGCAGUUUUAGUCUUUCACCACCGGCCGCGCGUGCUACACUUGAAUUCCCAGCUCCAUUCCGAAAGCUACCGAGCUCCACGCUUGCCGCCUCAUAAACAAACAGUUAGAAAAACUCACUGCGUCCCGCGUGUGAGUGUGUGCGAGUGCUUGCGUUUUGUUGCUGCCACACGGUUGCCCUCAUUGUGCUCUGGUGCAAAUGAAAAUUUCAUUGAGCAGAAAGUCGCAACAGCGGAAAAGUGGAAAAGCCUAAAGCGGCAGCGGCCACAGCAGAAGAAGAAAACAAAUUAAAGAUACCCUCAAGUGAAAUUUCUGACUGUUGAAAAUUGAAAACAGCAUCCAAUCGAAUUCGAAAAUAAACUAAGCCAAAACGAUCGCUGGAGCAUUGCCAAAAAGCAGAGCCGAUUAAUUGAGGUUCAUUAAACGAAGCUUGUGUCAGUAAAUCAAUAGAAAAAUGCAGUGCGGCCUGGAGAUGAACGACUGUGAGCGCUCCCCCAACAGGACAAAUUUACGCGUCAACUUCAAUGAGAAGGGGGCCGAAGUAAAAGAGCGCAGGGAGAAGUUCCUCACUGCCAAAUACGGAUCACACCAGAUGAGCCUCAUCCGCAAGCGCCUCGCUGUGGAGAUGUGGCUCUACGACGAGUUGCAGAAGCUCUUUGAUCCACCGAGCGAUGCCAUCGAUGUGGACAUUGACGAGAUAUUGGACAUGGACACAGAUGACAUAAGGAAAUCUCAUCUCAUAAGAUUAUUAUCAGUCUGCAAACGCCCGCAAUCGGACAUAUCGAAGUUCAUCAGCGACCUGCUGGAUCGCGCAAAGACGCUGUAAAUUUGCAGCCCCUUGAGGUUCUUACACAUAAAAAAACCACAGCAAAAUCAUUGAGCAGAAAAACAAUACAACCUGCAAUACAAUAUGCAGACAAACAAUAAAUAACUAGGAACCUAAGUUUAGCCUGAAUAUCAAAGAACAAGGAAUUCAGUUACAAAUCUUUAAUUUUACUUAUUCUGAUCUUGUCUCGAUGUUUUCUGUGUACCUUAGUUGAUAGUUUGGAUCUUUUCGCUGACUAAUUUGAAGUUGUGUCUAAUUUAAGUCACCGAUAACCAGAUCGCUAGCCCUAAUCUUAUAAACGUGAAUCCAUCAAUUUUGUGAUGAAACAUAUUUUUUAAAUAAAAAGAAACAAACAUGUAAUGGCCUGAAAGCAAACACGAAUGUGGUAUGCUUAAUUGAAAUCGAAAAGAAGCAAAGCCUGUUAAGUGAAAUUAAUAAUAUUGUGCUCCAUUCUGGAAGAAAGAUCAUCCCAUUCGCGAGAUUGGGGCUCACUGACACUCUGGUUGUUCGCAAAAAUUUUCCCAUACUAAACGUGCUCUCGAUUAAAGUACCAUUAAAUCAUGUAUCUAUUAAAUAUUAAUUAUAAAAAGGAAACAAUUGGGUGACCGGCGGUUCUUGUAACGUAGUCGAGAUGUCACCAAGACAAAGAUGAAAGCUCAGGUUCACUGCCAAAACGUGGAGUAGGAGGGAAAGCUUACGUGCUGAGUCGUUUAGCAAGUAGAAACAGUAAUUGAGUGCAGAAUCACAGUAAAGCCUGGCAAAAAAGAAAUUUUAAUCACACGGUUUUCGUUUCGUUCUCUUAAGUGAGCGAAACUGGAGGAAAAGUGGUUCUACAAUGGUUAUUAUUGUACCUUUAGUAUAACCGAUUUGGGCUUUAAAGAUCCAAAGAUCCAGGUCGAUAGCUAAAGGACACAUUUAAGUAAAAUGAAACGAAACAAUUUCCAGAAUUGUAAAUAAAUAUUGAAGGAACAGCCCCAAUCACAGCAUAAACCAUAUACUCAAAUGCAUUAACAAUACCCAACACUUUGUAAAUAACCUUGAUAAAGCAUUGACUUGGCACUUCUUCGCUCCACGAGUACACCUACAUCAAACGAAUAUUUGUAGUAGUUUCUAGUAGAUCCCUGUCAAUCAAAAACUAACGUAAAAGUAUUUUAAAUGUGCUCAAUAUGGCAAAAGGGGGAAAUAGCUGGGGUAGAGGGUAUAGUGCAUAAUUACAAAACAAUUUUAAGCACAUACAAAAUUAUAGCUGGAUAUCAAUACACAGAAUAUGCCAAUUCUUCUCUCUAUCAGAACUGAAAAGUAUUAGAAACUUAUCUUGAAAAUGCUACUUGCAUACUAUUUAAACAAUUAAUCAUCGCAUAUUUCCAUUACAAAAACAUAACAGUCUAAGCAAGCACCCUUAGCAUUAAAAAACUCGAGCAUGCACUUAAUCACGCACCUAUGUAGUUCUCAUUUAAAGCACACCCAUACUCUCGUGCGAGUACACGCUAUAAGACAUAUAAGAAACACUAAAAGGGAAGCUAAAGGAACAUUUAUAAAACGCAACUGAAAAGUUUACAAUAAAAAUUUGAUUGCUUUAGACAAA